UCGGGUUUCAUACAGCUGAAAAACCACUCAAUAUUAUUUCUGAAAUUUAUGAAGUACUUCACCUGUCUCGCCGUGUCGAGCCUUAGCGGGGUGAGUGCCCCUGCGUAGUGGCCAAUGCGUGGGAGGUGCCUAGGCUGUGCAGGUUUACACCGCGAUCAUAGGAUUCCUUCUCAUUUUAUUCAUUAAAAAAAAAACUUUCUUCGUACAAAAUCUAAAAUUAAUCAACGACACUUGGCCUUCGUCCCAUAGCAGGUUGAAAAAGAAUUUACCGAAUACCAAUGAUUCAGAUCUACUCCAAUCGAUCAAUCAUCUCCUUACCCAGGAACAUAACCAAGUUGCUCUUGACCGAGUGGCCUCACAUAUUGCCGAUUGGCACCAAACCAAGAGAUUAACCACCGUUGUAUUACCCAGCGCUGGUUCGGUAAUCAUCAUUGUAAUGAUUCUGAUUAUAGUAUCCUGGAUACUCUGUAAAAGAGGGUUUUGCAAAUGUUUCACUUCCUUCCGAGAAGUAGUACCACCCCCACAACCAGAAGGUGAAUAUCACACCUGGAACUACCUGCCAUCCUUGGUGCAUGCGAUCAGGCAUGACCCCCCCUUAGAAUUAAGUUGUAGUCUAGGUGUCAGGUAAAUGAACUAAUUUUGUAAUGGAUUUGUAUUUCUAUGUAAAAUCUAUGGAAUCACAAUAUAACUGUUGAGUCUUAACCCUCAUGUAAGUCAUUUUGUUUUCUCUUUAAAUUUUUGUCAUUUUCACCCACUUGGGCAAUUACCAUUGUAAUCCUAGAUUUAAGAACUCAAAGUAAUAUUACGGGGAAAAACCCCCUUGUAAUUGUUAGGCCUGGGAGCAUUCUCUCACCCCCACGAGGGUGGAGUGUUUCAGUGUGCUGUGCUCCUGUGCCCCUCAUCAUCGCCUGGGUACCCACCACCACUGAUACCGCCGACACACACUCACAGCAUGGCGCCGCCCCACUGCCGUCGCACCAACUUCACAAGAGAAAGUCAGUGACAAAAAUCGCAGUGGGAACACUUUACGCCGAGCCUCCGAAGAGCCGUGUGAGCGUUUCAUCCCGCGUCUCGCGCAGUUUUAUCUGGUGCUGCAGUGGCUGGGUUCCGCAGAAUGUACGGGGGUCCGCUGCUGCUGCUGCUGCUACUGACGGACGCCGGCUGGCAGCGGGCUCGUUACGCUGAUCGUGCACCAAGAAGGCGAGUCGGCCAGCUGCGAGAUGGAAGCAGCGAAGGACGAGCGGAAGAAGCCGCAGCCGCAGCAGGAGUCGCCGCAGAGGCCGCCGCACGCCAGGGACAGGGACAAGGGCAGGCCCAGCCGCGAGGACUCGGAGGAGCGGCGGCGCCGGCUGGCGCUCUUCCAGACGCAGCGGCUUCUGCUGUCGGCCAGGCAGUACGACCCGGUGGAGUACUACCUGCUGCAGCGCGAACUGCGACACUACCUGCGGCUGCAAUAAAAUUCAGUCGUCAGUUUAUAGUAUAA